AUCACAUCUGUGCCGCAAGCCUUCCCGGUGCCGCGGCGCUGCCAUCGAGCCCCGUCCCCAGGGCCCCCUGGGAGAGGGCAAGUGGCGGUGGCAGCAUCUGUGCUGGCUGUGCCGGCAGCUGCCCUGCCCCGCGCCCGCCGUAUAAAUAGAGGCAGCGAGCGGCAGGGAGCUCCUGGCAGCCACCAUGAAGGGCCUCAACCUGCUCUGCUGCUGCGUGGCCUCGCUCCUGCUCCUCGCCACUGCAGAGCCGCGUCCCCCCAGCACGGAUCAUGUCGCUGGCACUGCCGAAAGCCCCUUGCCAGCUGCAGAGCCCAGGCUGGAGGAGAAGGCAGCUGAACGCAACCCUGAGGAGGACCGAGAUGGCAGCCUCGCCAACGCCUCCCUGCCCGGCACUGCUGGGGAGGGACAAGGCGAGGGGGAGGAAGAGCCAGCGGGUGGCCUGAGUGGGGACCCGGGGCCAGGGGACAGCCGGCCGGGGGACAGCACUGUGGAGGAGGGCCUGGAGGGGCCCGAUGAGGAGCAGAGUCCAGAGGAAAACGCUAUGUUGGGCCCUCCUGAGGUAGCGUAUCAUGAAGAGAACCACCAGCCCAGCCCAAAGGAUGGCUUCCCUGCCCGGGAGGGUGAGGAGACUGGAGCCAAGGAAGGGGCCUCUGAGGAGCCAGGGCAACGUGGGGAAGAGAAAAUGCAGAAGACAAAACCAGCGUCUGCCACCAAGGGAGGAGAGGAAUCAGUAGAACAGAGCUCAGAGGAAGAUGACGAGGAGGAGGAGUCUGAAGAAGAUGACGAGGAGGGGGAGUCUGAAGAAGAUGACGAAGAGGGGGAGUCUGAAGAAGAUGAGCAUGGAGAGUCAGAGGAAGGUGAAGACAAGGGAGAGUCUGAGGAGAAGGAAGAGUCUGAGAAGGAGGGAGAACCCAAGAAGGAGGGAGAACCCAAGAAAGAAGGAGAGCUCAAGAAGGAGGGAGAACCCAAGAAGGAGGGAGAACCCAAGAAGGAGGGAGAACCCAAGAAGGAAGAAGAACCCAAGAAGGAGGGAGAACCCAAGAAGGAAGAAGAACCCAAGGAAGAGGGAGAACCCAAGGAGGGGGGUGAGUCUAAGAAACACAAGGCCAGCCCAGCAAGGCCAGAGGACAGAGCUGAAGAGAGUGACAAGAAAGUGGCUGGUGCUUCAGGCAAAACCAGCCACAACAAAUCAGCACCUGCCGGCAAGGGAGAGGCCACAGAUGGCCGUACCAAGUGCCUACGCCUGCCCUGCAAGAAACCAGUAGAAGACCCAUCAGCAGCAGUGGAAACCCCACCACCAAGAAAAGACCCACCAGUAGUGGUGGAAGACCCACCAGCAGCCAGGGAUGGCCGUACCAAGUGCCUACGCCUGCCCUGCAAGAAACCAGUGGAAGACCCAUCAGCAGCAGUGGAAACCCCACCACCAAGAAAAGACCCACCAGUUGUGGUGGAAGACCCACCAGCAGCCAGGGAUGGCCAUACCAAGUGCCAUCGCCUGCCCUGCAAGAAACCAGUAGAAGACACACCAGCAGCAGUGGAAACCCCACCACCAAGAAAAGACCCACCAGUAGUGGUAGAAGACCCACCAGCAGCCAGGGAUGGCCGUACCAAGUGCCAUCGCCUGCCCUGCAAGAAACCAGUAGAAGACCCACCAGCGGCAGUGGAAACCCCACCACCAAGAAAAGACCCACCAGCAGUGGUGGAAGACCCACCAGCAUCCAGGCAUGGCCAUACCAAGUGCCAUCGCCUGCCCUGCAAGAAACCAGUAGAAGACCCACCAGUAGUCAUGGAAAACCCACCACCAAGAGAAGACCCACCAGCAAUAGUGGAAAACCCACCACCAAGAGAAGACCCACCAGUGGUGGUGGAAAACCCACCACCAAGAGAAGAUCCACCAGCAGCAGUAGAAAACCCACUGGCAGCAAAACACCCACCAACAGUAAUGGAAGACCCACCAGCAGUGGUGGAAGACCCACCAGCAGUGUUAGGAAGCCUACUGACAGCAGAAGACCCCCCAGUAGACAAUCCAUCGCUGGCAGAAACCAAGAGCCCAGCCAGCCACAGUGCCCGCCCUUCUACCGCCGAGCUCCAGCGCAGACAGAUAGAAGAGGUUGAAGAUGCCAGCGAGCCCACCAAGCGUGACCGGUCCCACUUGGAGAGCACCCUCAAGCUGAAUGAAGAGAAGCCUGCCGAUGAUUUCUCAGGAGUACUGCAGAGGCUGAGGAAGAUCUACCACUCGUCCAUCAAGCCCCUGGAGCAAUCCUACAGAUACAACGAGCUGAGGCAGCACGAGAUCACAGCUUACCCUGGACGUACUCUGGGCUCCAACACAGAUGGGGAGAUCACUUCCAAGCCCAUGGUGCUAUUCCUGGGACCGUGGAGCGUCGGCAAAUCUUCUAUGAUAAACUACCUCCUCGGGCUGGACGACACUCCCUACCAGCUCUACACAGGGGCGGAACCUACCACCUCCGAAUUCACCGUUAUCAUGCACGGCCCCAAGCUGAAGACCAUUGAAGGCAUCGUGAUGGCUGCUGACAGUGCCCGCUCCUUCUCACCCCUGGAGAAGUUUGGGCAGAACUUCUUGGAGAAGCUGAUAGGGAUUGAGGUGCCCCACAAACUGCUGGAGAGAGUUACCUUUGUGGACACGCCGGGCAUCAUUGAAAACCGCAAGCAGCAAGAACGAGGUUACCCAUUCAACGACGUGUGCCAGUGGUUCAUUGACAGAGCUGAUCUCAUCUUCGUUGUCUUUGAUCCUACGAAGCUGGAUGUGGGCUUGGAGCUGGAGAUGCUGUUUCGCCAGCUGAAGGGCCGUGAGUCCCAGAUCAGAAUCAUCUUGAACAAAGCUGACAGCCUGGCUACCCAGGAGCUCAUGAGAGUCUAUGGUGCCUUAUUCUGGAGCCUGGCUCCUCUCAUCAACGUCACGGAGCCACCCAGGGUGUACGUUAGCUCCUUCUGGCCCCAUGAGUACCACCCAGACACCCACAAAGACCUGUUCCUCAAAGAAGAGAUAUCGCUCCUGGAAGAUCUCAACCAGGUGAUUGAGAACAGGAUGGAAAAUAAGAUUGCCUUCAUACGCCAGCACGCCAUCCGGGUGCGCAUCCACGCCCUUUUGGUCGAUCGCUAUCUACAGACCUACAAGGACAAAAUGACCUUCUUUAGCGAUGGAGAACUGGUGUUCAGGGACAUUGUGGAAGAUCCUGACAAGUUCUUUAUCUUUAAGUCCAUUCUGGCAAAGACCAAUGUCAGCAAAUUUGACCUCCCCAACCGCGAGGCUUACAAGGACUUCUUUGGCAUCAACCCCAUCACCAGUUUUAAGCUGCUGUCUCAGCAGUGUUCUUACAUGGGAGGAUGUUUCCUUGACAAGAUUGAGAAGGCCAUCACUCGUGAGCUUCCCGAUCUCUUGGGAAGCAUUGGCUUGGGGAAGAAGCCCAAUGUCCUCUCCUGCGACAGCACUGGCUGUGGUGAAACCCCAAAGAAUCGUUACAAGAAACCCUAAGGUGUUCUGUAAUACAACCGUCCAUGUGUUCCUACUGGUGAAUGAGCUUAUGUCUUAUCUGUCCAAGAUGCCACGGUUUGUUAACCCUUUGAGUACCACACUGGCAAAGGCUACUGUACGACGAGGACUUUGAGUCAUUGACAUCGAUGGCAGGGGAAGAUGGGUGGGCAUAAGAAAGAGAAUAAAAACUGUGAAUUCCUGACAUAUAAUCUUUGUUCUUUCAAGUAGAAGGCAAUGUUUAAGCUGUGAGUACGAGCAAUGCACAGUGAGCUAGAACUGUAGCUGCUUUUUCACUGGUGCCAAGAAUGUGUGAACAGGAAUUUCAACCUCUGCAUCCCCGAAGCCAUCAGGGAGCAUGAAUGAGGGCAUGGCGUGAGAGCAGAGGGGAGAGUGGUGACACACUAACCUGGAGCAUCACCAGCCCUGGGGGCAAAGUGUUGGGCAAGGAAAGAGAGGCCAGAUCUCAUCUGUUGUUUUCAGAAACAAACAUCUCACAGAUAUUUUAAGUCACACAGUGAGUUCUCCUUUCGCGUAACUGCUGAGUUGAACUACUGCAACCUUCACCUGGUGCUCACCUAAAGAAGGGGCUUUUGCAGAGGCGCUGGUAGCUCCAGGUAGCUAUGAUGGGAUUUGCAAGUCUGUGUCAGAGGAAGAAGGGGGCUGGAAAGGAGCUGAGCUGCGCUGGAGAAGGAGGGCCAGCACCUCAAGUCCUACAAACUGCUGUGAGCAGGCUUUCCUCUCUCUGGGCCAGCAAAGGGACAGGGCACUUCAUGCCUGUGUGUGCCAUCAACCUCAAAAACCCACAAUGACAAGUCAAGUGUGCAGAUCAGCAGGGCCUUGAGGGUUAAGAGUUAGGCACUUUGACUUUGUUCAAGUCCGUGUUGCUGUUUUCUCAGUCAGACCCCCACAUUUUUGUGCUCUGUGGAGGGAGGCAGGAACAAGGGGCAUCAGUACCUGUGUACUUUUUGCCCAUCAGUUGAUCUGUUCUCCCUAGGACAACCCAGGCAGGUUUCUGUCACUUGUUUGCCAAACUUCCCCUGGUUUAGCCAUGAGUUUGUUGGCUCAUCUCUGUGCAUCGAUGCACAGCCCUGGGAGGAGGAGUGUUGCUUUGGAAGCACCCAAGGUUCCCUGUGGACAGACAACCCUUGAAACCCAUCAGGGAAAGCCAGGAGAUUAGAGGUGGCCUCAUCACUUUGUCCUCACUGCUGGACUGCAGCAUGGCCGGCUGCUGAGCUGAGCACAAACUAACCAAGAGGUAGAAGAUGUUGCUCUGGGUGGAAACUGGUGCCUUCUAGCCCACCAGCGACCUGCUGAAUGUCCUUUCUCCUUCGUCCUGCCAAAUGACCACAGCUAACACUGCUCUCCAGGAAACCCCUGGAGCAGAGGGACUUACCUUUGACAGGAACAAGAAGACACGAGGGUGCUGGGUGAGGCAAGAAAAGGCAAAAGGAAAGAAAUAGGGAAAGAGAAGGCUGGAAAUGGAAGGCUCUGGUGUGAUGAGGAGGGUGUGAAGGGCAGUGGCCCUUAUCUCCGUGUGCCCAGUGGGACAUGGUUUAGGUCAGAAGGUCCAUGGGAGGUCCAUGGGAGCUCCAUGUGCCCCAGCACUGAGGCCAGACUCUGUGAAGAAGAGGUCCCCUCAAGGACAGCUGAAUUUAGGGGGAUGUCACCCCAGGGAAUUCCCAUGCUUCUCGCCUCUGCUUCAUAGUAGGAGUCUACCUUUGAACUAAUGAAGAUGAGACCCAAAUCUACGUCCAAGCAUGGAAAGGGCUGUGGCUCGUGCAGAGGGAUUUUGCCUUCAGCUCGGAGGGGACCAGAGGUACAAGUGAAGGCAAGCAGAAUGUCAGAGUCAGCAGCAGCCAGAACAGCCUGGAAGGGAGUGAGGUACUGGAGAGAGCGCUGCAAAGUCUCAAACCUGCCCCGGAUCUGCUGCCUCCCUCCUCUGCUGUUCCUUCUUCCUCCUUGUACGUGAUCCUGUGGCUCAUCAGAAUCUCUCUCUGUGUCACCCACUCCUCCUUGCCUCUCACUCUCCUCCACAGGCUUAGUCUGCAUGGUUUUCUUAAGACUUACUGGAAUAGAAAUAUUGGCAGGAAAGUGCUAAUUUUGCCCCAGUUCCUGCUGUCACGUUGCGUGUCACUGUCACGGCAAGCAAAGGCCAUCAAACUUGCUACGUGCAAGCACUGUAUCAUGGCAUCUCUUUCCUUGCUGCCCUGUCCCCGAAAUCUCAUGAGCUCUGGGGUACCCAGAGCAAGGCUCCCAAGCCCAGGAAGGAGCUCGGAUGCUCCCUUAGGGGCUUGAACACCACUGCUCUGCUCUCAGCCUGCUCCCAUCAUUCUCAUCUUUUCUGUUUUCCUUUUCUUUUGCUUUGUUCUCCAGCGCUCAUUGCCUCCUCUCCUCCCUUUUUCUCUUCCCUCCUGCACUGCAUGCCCUGUGCAAAGCUCCGCUGCCUGUGUCCGGGCUGGGGCUCCUCCCUGAUGGUCAUAACCUUUUGUCCUCCCCCUAUAUCAUACGUUGUGUUUCUCUUUCCAAAGCGAUGGCAGUGGUGGUCCAAAGGUGGGAGUGUUUUCUGCUCCCGGUGACAUUGACUCGGCUCCGUGCUGGCUCGGGGAGACACGGACACCGAGACGCUGUCUCUCCUAUGGAUCCAAGCGUCUGUCAGUCCCAAGAGGACUGCAGUACCCAUCUCAGCUCUCUCUGAGCUUUCUUAGGAAAGCUCUGGGAAUGGAAAUGGGGAGUAGGGAGACCUUUUGAUUUUGACAAGAAACCCCAACCCCCUGCUGCCGAGGUUCUGGAGGGGGUGAGCAACUUGCCUGAGAGCAUCGCGGGAGGGAGGGAGCUGGGACAUAAGCCCAUGUAGAUGUCUGUGAUCGUGUGCAUUGGGAUAAAACUGUCAGCUUGAACAUCAGCUUGUCUAAUAAAACCUGGUAUUU